GCACGAGUACGUGUGUGGAGGUCCCGCCCCGGAACUGCGGUUGCUUCUGCAGCUGAGGUACAGCGGCGGUUUCUGAGGCUCCUGACCGGCGACGGACAGAGCUGCCGUGGCGUCUCCAGACGCAACCAUGAAGUUGAAUGACACAAAAUCAAGGCCAAAGGCAUCAAACUAUGGCAAAUUUCAGACAAAGGGAAUCAAAGUUGUGGGAAAAUGGAAGGAAGUGAAGAUUGACCCAAAUAUGUUUGCAGAUGGACAGAUGGAUGAUUUGGUAUGCUUUGAGGAAUUGACAGAUUACCAGUUGGUCUCUCCUGCCAAGAAUCCCUCCAGUCUCUUCUCAAAGGAGGCACCCAAGAGAAAGGCACAAGCUGUUUCAGAAGAAGAGGAGGAGGGAGAGUCUAGCUCACCAAAGAAAAAGAUCAAGUUGAAGAAAAGUAAAAAUGUAGCAACUGAAGGAACUAGUACCCAGAAAGAGGUUGAAGUCAAAGAUUCUGAGCUGGAGGCCCAGGGAGAUGGCAUGGUUUGUGAUGAUCCGGAGGCUGGAGAGAAGACAUCAGAAAACCUGGUCCAAACUGCUCCAAAAAAGAAGAAAAAUAAAGGGAGAAAAGGUUUGGAGCCUUCUCAGAGCACUGCUGUUAAGGUGCCCAAAAAAGUGAAGACAUGGAUUCCUGAAGUUCUUGAUCAGAAGGCAGAUGUGUCAGCUUGGAAGGACCUGUUUGUUCCCAGACCGGUUCUCCGAGCACUCAGCUUUCUAGGCUUCUCUGCACCCACACCGAUCCAAGCCCUGACCUUGGCACCUGCCAUCCGUGACAGACUGGACAUCCUUGGGGCUGCUGAGACAGGAAGUGGGAAAACUCUUGCCUUUGCCAUCCCAGUGAUUCAUGCAGUAUUGCAGUGGCAGAAGAGGAAUGCUGCCCUUCCUCCAAGUAACACUGACGCAUCACCUGGAGAGACCAGAACUGAGGCUGGAGCUGAGACUGGAUCACCAGGCAAGGCUGAAGCUGAGUCUGGAGCAUUGCCUGAUGAUACUAUAAUUGAGAGUGAAGCACUGCCCAGUGAUACUGCAGCCGAGGCCAGAGCCAAGACUGGAGGCACUGGCUCAGACCAGGCAUUGCUCUUUGGUGACGAUGAUGCUGGUGAAGGGCCUUCUUCCCUGAUCAGGGAGAAGCCUGUUCCCAAACAGAAUGAGAAUGAGGAGGAAAAUAUUGAUAAAGAGCAGACUGGAAUUCUAAAACAAGAGUUGGAUGACAAAAGCGCCACCUGUAAGGCAUAUCCAAAGCGUCCUCUGCUUGGACUGGUUCUGACUCCCACUCGAGAGCUGGCUGUCCAGGUCAAACAGCACAUUGAUGCUGUGGCCAGGUUUACAGGAAUUAAAACUGCUAUUUUGGUUGGUGGAAUGUCCACGCAGAAACAGCAGAGGAUGCUGAGCCGUCGUCCUGAGAUUGUGGUUGCCACUCCAGGCCGGCUGUGGGAAUUAAUUAAAGAAAAGCAUUAUCAUUUGAGGAACCUUCGGCAGCUCAGGUGCCUGGUGGUGGAUGAGGCUGACCGGAUGGUUGAGAAAGGUCAUUUUGCUGAGCUCUCACAGCUGCUAGAGAUGCUCAAUGACUCCCAAUACAACCCAAAGAGACAAACGCUUGUUUUUUCUGCCACGCUCACCCUGGUGCAUCAGGCGCCUGCUCGAAUCCUUCAUAAGAAGCACACCAAGAAAAUGGACAAAACAGCCAAACUUGACCUUCUUAUGCAGAAAAUUGGCAUGAGGGGCAAGCCCAAGGUCAUUGACCUCACAAGGAAUGAGGCCACGGUGGAGACGCUAACAGAGACCAAGAUCCAUUGUGAGACUGAUGAGAAAGACUUCUACUUGUACUACUUCCUGAUGCAGUAUCCAGGCCGCAGCUUAGUGUUUGCCAACAGCAUCUCCUGCAUCAAACGCCUCUCUGGGCUCCUCAAAGUCCUUGAUAUCAUGCCCUUGACCCUACAUGCCUGUAUGCACCAGAAGCAGAGGCUCAGAAACCUGGAGCAGUUUGCCCGUCUGGAAGACUGUGUUCUCUUGGCAACAGAUGUGGCAGCUCGGGGUCUGGAUAUUCCUAAAGUCCAGCAUGUCAUCCAUUACCAGGCUGCUGUUUCAGUGAAACAACAAACUCAAAGUGCUUUUUCCCAUUCUCUCACUUCACAACAACAAUCAACACAGAAGACUUCUGUAACCAAACGUGUGGGCAUUUUUCACCACAUAUCAAGCAGCAGCCUCCAGCUGGGUGUCCUCUUAUUUAGUUUCAUUUUCUGAUGCUGUCUUCCUGGAGAUGGCCUCAGAUCCCACAAGAUGUCCCUCCUCCCCGUGACCAGUCUAUAAGUCGGGGCCUCUGGAACUUCUGACCAACCAGCUUCAAGUUGAGGUUCCCUUGACCCCCCUCUUUGGGUUCAAUUAAUUUGCUACAGCAGCUCUCAGAACUAAAACACAUUACCAGUUUAUUAUAGAGGAUAUUAGAAAGAAUAUAGAUGGGGAGAUGUAUAGGCUGAGGUAUAGGGGAAGGAGCAUGGAGUUGCCAUGCCCCUCCUGGGUACACCACCCUCCAGGAAUGUCCACAUAUUCAGCUUAUUCAAAAGUUCUCCAAACUCUGUCCUUUUGGGAUAUUUAUGGAGACUUCAUUGGGUAAGAUGAUUAAUUAAACCAUUGGCCUUUGGGUAGUAGCACUGAAAGUCCCAACCUUCUAAUCCCGCCUUGGCCUUUCUGGUGACCAGCCCCCAUCCUGAAACUACCUAGGGGGCUAUCAGCCAUCAGUCAAUAGUUUGUCAUUAGCUUACAAAAAGACAUUACUUUUGAGAUUCCUUUGCCAGGAAACAGGAUGAAGAGCAAAAACAUUUCACUGUAUCACAGGUGCUAAUUUUGGUUUAGCAAAUCUCUAUAGUCUUCCCUUUUUUGGGGAAGGAGUUGGGUCAACCUUUGUGGAGUCAAGAUGAAUCAAAUACAGUCCCAGCCCCUAAGAAGUAUUGGAUCCAGCAGAGGAGGUGAGAUGACCACAGCCAUAAUUUAAGGCAGAAGGUAUUAGAAAAUUACCAAAUACAAUGGAAGAGAGGUAACUUCUAGUUUGGGAGGUUGGAAAGUACUUUUUAAAAGAUGCCUGGCAUUUAAGGGUGGAGAGGAUUUGGACAUGUAGAGGCAUUAAAGGAAGGAGCAAAGAAAUGGGCAGUGUUCAGGGGCACUUGGCUCAGAGUGAAAAGAGGGGAUGUGUUGGGAAAGGAAUAGUUGCUGAGGCUGGAGGGGUAAGUUGGAGGCAAGUCACUAAAGGCCCUGAGUGUCAGGUUGAAGAGUUGGGCCUUUAUCCUAUAAGUAAAGAAUGGCAAAUCUCAUUUCUAGAGCUCUUAUGAACAGUUCAUAGUGGCUACUUAAAGUACUAUAUUGAAAAGGAUACCUAGUUGUUAUCUGGGCCCAGUGGAGAAGACUGUUGUGCUUGAUUAAUGGUGUGUGCCGGGGCUCAGUGGGUGUGUCAGCAACCAUGCCACAUUAUCUAUGGAUAAUAUAUAUAUAGGAGUAGAGACCAUGUAACCCAGGGAUUAACAUGGUUUGUGGAGCUGGGCUGCUUAAAUCCUGGAUAAGAAGUGACUGCUGUGGUCUGGCUACAUGGUCUUGAGGACCUGAACUAGGUUGAGGGGCAUGGGAGGGGAGAGCCUACACAGUGAAUGGGCUAAACCUGGGAACAUUUUGAAUGUGGGACUAAGAGA